GGUAACCCAAAUAACGGUAAGUGCCGUCAACUGCAAUAAAACAAUUUCCAGCAUUUUACUUAUACACAACUACCACAAUUAUUUAUAUUUGUUUUAUUCUAUUUAUUUGUUAAUCAUUUUUAUAAAUGGAUCUGGAAGACAAUGCCUCACCAAUUACACCCUUCACACCGAUCACUAUACGAGAUUGUAGCUUAGAUUUUGACGCCGACAACAGUGAUGUCGAUCCUGACGACAAUUGCACACUUACACCCUUGCUACGUCGUUUAAAUACAGUACAAACGAUAUUAACACCAAAAUCAAUGCUACGCGCUGCAGCAAAAUCACCAGCCGUAACUCCAACAAUAAUUAACGGACGACUUGCGCCACCUCAAUUGCAACCGCACUAUAGUAAAUCGCCACAACGACGUGGUUCACCAUUGGCUGGUUUUCGACGUUUGCGUUCACCGCGUACAUCCGCGGUACUUGGUAGUCGCUCCACACAUCUUGAGGUGCCGACGCAACGUAAUGUUACUGCAGCAAAUAUCGCUGGUUGUAGCGCUAGAAAUAAUUCAACAGUUAAAAAUUUAGCUGAACGUCGUCAUUGUCGGAAAUUAGCUUUAAAGGAGUUGCAACGGCGCUAUGCCGUACCAUUUGAGGUGCAUGUUGUACCGAAACCACUAAGCCCUAGGGUUGGUUAUCUGUUGCGGCGCGUAGGUAUGAUAAAAUAUAGAUCGAUAUUUCAAAUGGAAGAAGUAGACUAUGUGGUAUUCUGUACAUUGAGUGAAGGAGAUUUACAGCAACUGGGCAUUGCUAAUGCCGAUGAUCGGGGCGAGAUAUUUAAGGCGGUGCUGAUGGCAGAUGUGCUAAUUAGAGAUUGGUUGUGAGCGUAUAUGCCGCGUUGUAUUGAUUAUAUGAGUAAAAUUAAGUGUUUCCAAAUGUUGUGUUAUGUGUUAUGUUCUCAAAAGUGUUUGUUUUAGAAAAUUUGUUUAGAAAUAAUUAGUCAAUUAAUAGCGAA